CUCCAAGACCUCAAAAUGGGAUCCGGAUCCUCAAAGCCUACAUCUGCGCCGACAUCUCAUGUCUGGCAAAGCGAAUCACCCGUCCGAUUCUCGCAGGAGCUGGUAGACUCCUUGCAGGCCAGCCCCGAGACCGACUCUACGCGUGCCAAAGCCCUCGAGCUCCAUAUCCAAGCGCGUGUCGCCAGCGAGCUGAAACGUCUCCAGGAGAGCGCGGCGAAAGAGUACGAGGAGCUGCAGUCCAAGAUCUCCGCUGUCGAGGAGCAAUCAGCAGAGAAGAAGGAGAAGUCGGCGGGCGACACAUUGAGGGAGUUGGGCAGGGAGGCGGUACAGAAUGAUGUUCAGGAGUUGAAGAAGAAAUUGGAGCAGAGGAAGAAGUUGGCGGACCUGGAUGAGAACGUGGAGAAGGCCAAGGGGGAAGUGGUGAGGUGCUUGAGGGAGAAUGACAGGCGGCCUCUGGAUUGCUGGAAAGAGGUGCAGACGUUCAGGGAGGAGGUUAGGAGAUUGGAGGACGCCUGGGUUGAGAAGGUUGUUAGGUAGUGAGUAC